AUGAAGGUCUCUGCCAUCAUCCUCGGCGCCGCCGCCGCCCCGCUGGCGUCCGCCCAUUACUUCUUUGACGUCAACAUCCACAACGGCGUCGCUCAAGCUCCCUUCCGCUACAUCCGCGACUUCACCCGCGCAACCCGGUACAACCCGAUCAAGUUCUCCUCGAACCCUUCCCAGGACAUCCGUGACAACUCCCACGCCGAUGGUCCCGAUAUUCGCUGCAACCAGGGCGCCUUCUCCAACGCCGGCCGCACCGAAGUCCUGACCGUCAACGCCGGCCAGGAGGUUCGUUUCAGGCUAGGUGUUGGUGCUACCAUGGAGCACCCGGGUCCCGGUCUUGUCUACAUGUCCAGGGCCCCUGGCGAUAACGUCCGGGCCUACGACGGGUCUGGCGACUGGUUCAAGAUCUUCCAGGAGGGCGUCUGCCACUCGAACGGCGACUUCGCCACCAAUGCUUGGUGCACCUGGGGCCGGAACUGGGUGGCUGCCACGAUCCCCCGGGAUACCCCCAACGGCGAGUACCUCGUCCGUGUUGAGCACAUUGGCGUCCACCGCUCUCACGUCAACCAACCCGAGCACUACGUCUCGUGCAUGCAGGUCAGGGUCCAGGGGGGCGGCAACGGCAGCCCCGGACCCAUGGUCCGCUUCCCCGGCGCCUACCGGGCCACCGAUGCCUAUGCCACCAUGAGCGUCUACAACGGCCACCGCCCCUUCACCUUCCCCGGCCCCGCCGUUUGGACCGGCGGCAACAGCGGCGGCAGCCCUCCUCCCACUAGCCCUCCCCCUACCAACCCUCCCCCCAGCGGCGGCUGCUCGGCUCUUUACGGCCAGUGCGGCGGCAGCGGAUGGAACGGCGCCACGUGCUGCUCGUCUGGCACUUGCCGUGCCCAGAACGAGUGGUACUCGCAGUGCUUAAAUUGGAAACAUGAAGGUAUCGAGCGCGAAACGCAAAUACACUGGCUGUGCGCCUGCAUCGUGGUCGAGCAAGUGAAUACCGGUGCCUUCAUGUUCGUCAUGCAGUGCGGCCCAGUAGACGGCAUCCAGAUGUUCUCGACCGACGGAGUGGAGGUAGUCGCUAGCACGGUCGAACGGUGAUGUUGGGAAGAGGUUGGGUGAGUACAUGUAGCCUGCGACCGUUGCCAACUCGUUCAUGUUAUAAGUGAGUGGUCUUCUUUUGACGGACCAGGUGUCGGCCUCCUUCGAGAUGGCUCCGAUGUGGUUGAACGUAAGCUGAGAAAGCUGAAGAAGAUAAUCUGCAGUUUGGCUGUAGAUCUUGUCCAACUUUGCAUUGUCAUGUUCGGAUCCAAGACAAUGUUGCGUUGCUCGCCGUGCGAGGUCGGUACAUGUAUA